CGACUUGAUCUGGAUCGACCCGCCCGUUGAAAACCUUAAUCGCAUGUCACAAAAUUUGAAACAGAGUGUUGUAGUUUUCUCCUUCGACUUUCGUGUAAUGGGUUUUGUUUAAUUUGAAACCUUUCUUUUCCUUCGGAUUUUCGUCGCACUCCUAAAUCCUAAUCCUUUGCUCGGAGAACAGAGGGAAGGGUAAAAGUAAAACGUAAAAGAGAAUGGAAAAAGAAGGGGGGAAACCCAUACUCUGUUUACGACCCCUGCCUCUCUGCUGCUCUCCGCCCCAGUCCCCACGUUCAGUUAUGGCUGCUGUCGCCAUCCAGAAGUUAAAUACGGUGGUUUUCCGCUCAUCUACUUCACCCAUCCCCCUCUCCCUCCUUUUCCCUCGUCCUUUAUAACUCUCUUAACCCUACCAUUGUUUCUCUGCAUAGGAAUCCUUCGGCAUCGCAGUCACUCACCCCAAAAUCUCAGCUCUAUAUCAAUCUAUUGAUCCCCCCACCAAAACCCACUUCUCAGUUCUCAACUUCUUCCUUUUUCCCCCGCCUCUCCAAUCCAGAUCCAGCUCGAACGAUCUCAAUCAAGCUUCCUCCAAUGGAUCUCUGCUUCCUCGACAAGUUAAAAGACCAGCCUUUUUAUCUCCUCCCUCUCUUAAUCUUAGGUUCCCUCACCGCCCUCAAAUUCUCCUUCGCCCUCCUCCAAUGGGUAUACGUUAAUUUCCUCCGCCAGGGCAAGAACCUCAAGAAAUACGGCUCGUGGGCGGUGGUUACCGGAGCUACUGACGGAAUCGGCAAGGGAUUUGCUUUCCAGCUUGCUCGCAAAGGAAUCAAUCUAGUAAUCGUCGGCCGGAACCCCGACAAGCUGAAAGAAGUCUCCGAUUCGAUUACCGCCAAGUAUAGUAAAGUUGAAAUCAAAACGGUGGUGGUCGAUUUCAGUGGGGAUAUCGACAGCGGGGUGACGAGGAUCAAGGAGACCAUUGAAGGGCUUGAUGUCGGAGUUUUGAUUAAUAACGUUGGCGUUUCGUAUCCAUACGCGAGAUUCUUCCACGAGGUGGACGCGGAGCUGCUGAGGAAUUUGAUUAAGGUGAAUGUGGAAGGGACGACUAAAGUGACUCAGGCGGUUUUGCCUGUGAUGUUGAAAAGAAAGAAGGGAGCCAUAGUCAACAUUGGAUCUGGUGCUGCCAUUGUGAUCCCUUCGGAUCCUCUUUAUGCUGUUUAUGCUGCUACUAAAGCGUACAUUGAUCAGUUCUCGAGAUGCCUUUAUGUUGAGUACAAGAAGAGUGGGAUUGAUGUGCAAUGCCAGGUUCCUUUAUACGUGGCCACAAAGAUGGCAUCGAUAAAGAGGUCCUCAUUCUUCGUUCCAUCGAACGAAGGUUAUGCCAAGGCUGGACUGCGCUGGAUAGGGUACGAGCCUCGUUGCACGCCUUACUGGCCUCACUCAUUUCUCUGGGCUCUGAUAGGCGCCCUCCCAGAGUCAGCCGUGGAUGCGUGGAGGCUGAAAUUCUGCAUGGGGAUCCGCAAGAGAGGCCAGAAGAAAGACGCCAUGAAGAAAGACGAGUAAAGAAGCCAUCUUUGCCCAAAUGAACAGAGAGCUGUGUUAUUGGGAAAUUCUUUCUUCUCCUCGGCAUCAUUUUCCUUGUUGGUGGUUGGUUAAUUUUAGAUGGGAAAUUAAUGUAUUGGUGUCGCUUUGUUCAUUAACGUGUACUAGUUGGAAAGGGAAGUUGUUGGGAGUUAGAGGAAGGUUUUACUUGGGGGACUUGGUUGACCAUGAUAAUUAAUAUGGGGAUGAUUAACGUUAGCAAGAGUUUUUACGUUUGAUCUUUGUCCCAUCAGUGCAUGUUGCGUGUCUCCAGAAUUAUGGGAGGGGAAAGAGGGCUGGAAUCUGUCACGUUUUUGGGACAACUUUAAGGAAAAGAGGGGCGGGCCUUUGUUGGCUUGCUGAUGUUGGUUACAACUAACAAAAGCGCGAGGGCGAGUCAUCGUAUCACAAGUUUUUUGCUUAUAAACUUGGCUGCCUUACUCUUCUCAUUCCGAUCCACAGCGCAGUUUAUCGGAGAUAUCGUCAACGUUAACAAACAGAAGUUGAAGUGAAAAUAUUACUAUAUAGAUUGAGUGACAGGUUGCGAAAAUGAUCCGAAGGGGUUUCACGUUUGGUAGGAUCUUUUCAGGUGAAUGAAAUUUUGCAGAAUGACUAAAAAUCUCGCAGGACCCAUUAACCCCUUAUAGCCCAACGUGAUCAGCAUGAGUGUCACCACUCAUAUAUGAUCCCAAAGACCCAAACGAGCCCCUAAGUUCAGAGUUUGGAACUGUGUGUAUAAUGUCCAAUAUGUGGACUACAAAAGGAACUAUGAUCAACUCCCUAGAUCGUCCCUCCAUGACAAGUUCCCAAGCAUCCCGAUUGAGCAUGUUAUCCUUAACAACUGUUUACAUCUUAAAUAAUUUCGGCUUAAAAAUAUAUUGUUGUGGCGUCGUAGGUCGACGACGACGUGAGAUGAACAAUUUUAGCGGUGUUGCAAGUUUGGCAAUGUUGCGGAGCUAAGUGACGCAACGAAUUGAAAAAGGUCGCGAGCUAAACUUUGUUGCAAGACAAACGGUGUCGCGGACUGAGCUAGGCGAAUAAAUAAUAAUAAUAAUAAUAAUAAUAAUAAUAAACGACACAACGACGUUGCAGGGACGAGUAGAUUAAUGGAGGCCAACGACAUCGCGAGGUUGGCGAUGCCGGGACAAUAUCCUAGGUUCGACGAGGUCAUGGGGGUUAAGCAACUAUGUAGUUUUGCCUAGGCUAGUAUCGCCAUGCAAUGUUUACUAUCUUGAGCAAAGCUGCAAGGAAAACAACGCCGCACUACUAACAAAAAAUGUUGUUUAAGGACAAAUGCGGCGGUGGCCUCCACGUUGAUGGUUUGGCCACAACGAUAUGUCAUUGUGAGUGGACGACAUUGUUUUGACUACAUUGUUUGUGGAGGCAUGAAUAUGGUUGUGUGACGAGAAAAACAAGAUUGUGAUCUUCCACACGUACUUGUGGAGGAGGAGGAGGAGUCACCCGACAUUGAAAUUGGCCAGGCGAACGAGGAAGAUAGACGUAGUUAAGGGACGGAAGAGCUUCUACAAGUUGAAAUCCUGUAUCUACGUCAAUCCAUGGAGGAGUUUCGCCUAGAGCUAAAACUCAAAUUGUAUAAUCUUGAAAAAAAAUAGAAAUCGAUGGUGUGAUAAGUUAGAUUAUUGUUUUUCGGAUUUUAAUAUGUCAAUACGUAGAGCCACGUAUGAUUUUGAUGAGUUUCAAUAUGAAACCAUAUCGGUUGCGUACGAUGAUACGAUGGUUGGUCGACCAGCUAAUGUCAACCAAACUCCAUCGUCAAAUCUGGCUACAACAGUGUUGCCAGAAGCGCGCAAACCCAACGUAUCUCUUCCCGUGAACAACAUUGUUCUUAAGGACACACAAGUUGGAGGCGGCUUUCAGAAGCCACUACAAAUAAUCCAGCUUAUAAAAUCCUCUUAGCAAG